CGGCCGGGCGGUUGGGCGACGAAGGGCGAGUCUUUUCAGCGCUGAGGACUGGCGCUGAGGAGGCGGCGGUGGCUCCCGGGGCGUUUGAGCGGGCUCACCCGAGCCCGCGGGCCAGCGCGGAUCCAGGCCCGACUGGCGGGACCGCCCCGGACUCCCCGCGGGCCUUCCUCGCCGCCAUGGAGGACGGCGUCUACGAACCCCCAGACCUGACGCCGGAGGAGCGGAUGGAGCUGGAGAACAUCCGACGGCGGAAGCAGGAGCUGCUGGUGGAGAUCCAGCGCCUGCGGGAGGAGCUCAGCGAGGCCAUGAGCGAGGUGGAGGGGCUGGAGGCCAACGAGGGCAGUAAGACCUUGCAGCGGAACCGGAAGAUGGCGAUGGGCAGGAAGAAGUUCAACAUGGACCCCAAGAAGGGGAUCCAGUUCUUGGUGGAGAAUGAACUUCUGCAGAACACCCCCGAGGAGAUCGCCCGCUUCCUGUACAAGGGUGAGGGGCUGAACAAGACAGCCAUCGGGGACUACCUGGGGGAGAGGGAGGAGCUGAACCUGGCCGUGCUCCAUGCUUUUGUGGAUCUGCAUGAGUUCACCGACCUCAACCUGGUGCAGGCCCUCAGGCAGUUUCUGUGGAGCUUUCGCCUCCCUGGGGAGGCCCAGAAGAUUGACCGAAUGAUGGAGGCCUUUGCCCAGCGCUACUGCCUGUGCAAUCCUGGCGUCUUCCAGUCCACAGACACCUGCUACGUGCUGUCCUUUGCGGUGAUCAUGCUGAACACCAGCCUGCACAACCCCAACGUCCGCGACAAGCCGGGCCUCGAGCGCUUCGUGGCCAUGAACCGCGGCAUCAACGAGGGCGGGGACCUGCCCGAGGAGCUGCUGAGGAGCCUCUACGACAGCAUUCGCAACGAGCCCUUUAAGAUCCCCGAGGACGACGGCAACGACCUGACCCACACCUUCUUCAACCCGGACCGCGAGGGCUGGCUCCUGAAGCUGGGGGGCCGGGUGAAGACGUGGAAACGGCGCUGGUUCAUCCUCACAGACAACUGCCUCUACUACUUCGAGUACACAACGGACAAGGAGCCCCGCGGAAUCAUCCCGCUGGAGAACCUGAGCAUCCGUGAGGUGGACGACCCCCGGAAGCCGAACUGCUUCGAGCUCUACAUCCCCAACAACAAGGGGCAGCUCAUCAAAGCGUGCAAGACGGAGGCGGACGGGCGCGUGGUGGAGGGCAACCACAUGGUGUACCGGAUCUCGGCGCCCACCCAGGAGGAGAAGGACGAGUGGAUCAAGUCCAUCCAGGCGGCGGUGAGCGUGGACCCCUUCUACGAGAUGCUGGCGGCGAGGAAGAAGCGGAUAUCCGUCAAGAAGAAGCAGGAGCAGCCUUGACCCCCUGCCCCCAACUCCGUUAUUUAUUUUGGAGCUGCCCCGCCUGGGUGGCCGGACCCCCGGGCCCUGGGGCUGCGGAUCCCGGUUCCCUGUCUGGAAAGUUCACCUCUAGCUCCUCUGUCCGCAUUUGUAAUUAACACACUGUUGGUAAUCUUAUUAAUUAUCUACCCGCUCGUGCCUGCAGACCCCCUCAUUUCU